GUGCAAACCAGGGUCGAGUUUGMGUUGACRAUGCACAUUGCACAUUUGCACAUGCACGGACAACCUUGCAUCCCUGAAUGAUUGAAUGAAUCCAUCCAAACUACUUCUGGCAUUAGCGUUGCUSGCCGGACCGUCGCAUGCGCUGAUAACGCCCCUGCCGACCAAGCUCCAUGUUGCGGUAACGAGAACAACUCCGGUGGUCCGUCCUYCGGCGUUUCCRGGGUCGAGUCGGCUGGCCGUAGCGGGUGGGACAACCAGGUCUCUGGAGGGGGAAGCCGAUCUMGGUGUGAAAGAGAAACCCCUGCCCCGCGAACUGAUGCCCAUCACGCUGGGCGUCUUUGCCCAGAUGCURGGCGAGGGAAUCUCCCUCUCGAGCCUGCCCCUCUACCUGACGCGCCUCGGUGCCACCCCCACGUCGGUGGGCCUGGCCAUCUCGUGCUUCUCUCUGGCGCAGAUGACCUUUGCCCCCGUGCUGGUCGGCUUGUCCUCCCGGAUCGGUCGGUCGGUCGUCCUGCGCAUCUGUCUCGCGGGCGCCAUUGCCUCGUCGCUGCUCAUUGCCUUUUCCGGGAGCGUCURCGGGAUCAUCGCGGGCCGGACCCUCGCCGGGGUCUUUGCCGCCUGCGUUCCCGUGGCCCAGUCGGGCGUCACGGACGUCCUCGACAAGGACCAGACGGCGCUGGGGCUCAGCCGGGUCUCGGCGGCCUCGCAGCUGGGCGUCGUGGUGGGACCCGCGGCGUCCGCGAUUUUCCAGGAGGCCUUUGGGGCGAUGGGGCUCGCCCCCACCAGGUGCCUCCCGGCGGUCUUUUGCCUGACCUCCGUCUUCAAGCUCUGCGUCCUGAUCCUGAUGACCCUCAUGAACCGGCGAUCGGGGGUGCCCGCGUCUCCCGAGGCAAAGGCGGUGCGGGAGGAGGAGCCGAAGCAGGAKGAAACGACCGGGGACAGAAAGCAGGAACCGGGGGUCGGCAAGAAGGACACCGUCCGGUUUGGGCAGGGGAUGCUUCGGACGAUCACCAUCGCCAUGGGCUGGACGGCGAUCCUGAGCAACUCCAUCUACGGCCUGUUCGCKCCGARGUUUCUGGGUUUUUCCCAGCCCCAGCUGAGUGCUACUUACUCCGUCGGCGCGGCCCUGAUGGUAGCGACGCAGGUCGUCUUUCCGCGCCUCGUCGCAAAGUUCGGCGAGUACCGGGUCUGCACCCUCGGGAUCCUCGCGGCCGGGGCGGGCAUCGGCGGACAGUCCCUCUUCCGGUCGCAGCCCUUCCACAGCGCGCUCUACCUGGCGAACCGCGGCGGUGCCGCGGUGGCGGACACGUCGACGGCCUCCCUCGUCGCCCGGCUGUCCGGAACCAGGGCGUCCUGCUCCCGGAACCUGGCGCUCCUCACGUCGACCCGGGCGGCCUCCAGGAUCCUGACGCCCCUCCUCUCGAGCAAGAUGUUCGAGGUGAGCUGCCGGAGGGGAUCGGUGCUGCCCCCCGGCGCCCUUCCGUUCGUGACCGCGGCCUGCUUUGCCAUGGCGGUUGCCCCGCUGCCGACCCUGCUCAAGAGGGCGGAACACCGGGGGAGCGAUAGCUCUCGGACGAACGACAAGCACACACAAUCUAGAACAUAGAACCGGGGACAAUUGGAGWAUCAAAACCUUUUUUUGAAUCACGAAAUGAAACUUUGCUUUUUGU